CAACAACAACACGUAUACACAACGCUAAGCCUAUAAACGCAUUAAGGCAAGUGACAUAUUCAAAACAAGCAACACAAGUGCCGCCCUGUGCUGAUUCAUUCAAUAACACUAGCUCAGCGCUGGAUUACAUUCACAAAAGAAAAGAAAAAACGGGCCUAACUUAACAACAACAAGAGCACUACAAGUUCAGUUCAAAGUCAUUUCAAUUCAGCUGUUAACUUCACAGAAGAGUAAAGUAUUGGUUAUUUGGUUUCGGUCUGUUUUCUUGUCUUGUUUUGAGUGCAUUUCCACUUUAUCAUUAUCAAUAACAAAGAUAGCAAAAUUACACCACAAGAAUGUCAAUACACACAGUAUCUUCUGAACAAUCAGUGAAAGAUACUCCUUUGGUGGCUCAUAUAUUCAACAAGAUUUCAGCUUUGUUACCUUCGGAAACUGAAAAUACCAUUUAUGAAGUUGAAACCAAUGUUUUUUUCCUAAAUUCCAGAAAGGCGUUAAUAAAUUUAUCAGUUACAAAUCUUUAUCAAGAUAUACUAAAGUAUGGUAUAAGCUUACUUGAGGAACAAAAUAAAGCAGAUAAUCAUUUGAUUCUAAGGCAGAGAGAGUUGACUUCACUAUCAUCAUUGUUGGUUAUCCUUAGGUUAUUAGCUGAUUUAUCAAAAUUCCACUGGGACACAAAAGAACCAAAUGCAAGAAAAAAUUCGGUAGAUUCUUCUAGUUCUAUGAACUCAUUGAAUUCCGCAAAUGGUGUUGGUAUUGCAAGUGCAGGUAUAGAUUAUCAUACUGUUCAACCAGAUGCUAUAGAUCCAGAAAUUGCCAGAAAAGCUAUCACUUUGAUUUCAAAAUUGAAAUCCACAAAUAACUUGGUCCAUGAAUUGGCCUUGAUCAAUGGAAAAGUUGCUGCUCCUACUGAGGAAUAUAGCUUACGAUCUGUGAUAGACCAGAUUGAUGUUAACUGUGAAACUCUAUUGAGAUUUUUAGCUGCUUCAAACCCUGAUCAAUUUCUGAAUUUUUCAAUUGCAAAAUUGAAUGUGUUGAAACACAACAUCAACAAUGAAAAUGACUUUGCUCCUUAUUUGGAAUUAUUCAGUGCUAUUUACUUAAAUGAAGUCUAUAUUUUAGAGUAUUUGAAACAUUUAAGAAAUAUUUUGACCACUAUUAAGAAAGCUGUUUAUCGUCAAUUAUUGUUAACUUUCUUCAUGAAAGCUGUUAAAAUAUGGAUUAACUCAAGACCUCAGGAGUAUUUGAAUUGUACAAAGGCAGACUCUAAUGUAUCCAUGGAAGCUGAUGCUUUAUUUGAUGAAGUUUAUUCAUUUUUGGAUGGUUCUGUUACAAGAUCAUUAGGUACUGGCUCAAGUAAUAACAAACAAUUCAAAAGCUCUUAUAGAUUUCUGGCAUUGUUAUUAAGUUUGUACCCAAGGGCUAUUGAAACGUAUAUUCAUCACGAUUCAAGAUCAAAAACUACAGCUUUGAAGAAGUUGACAAACUUCAAUUCAAAUAAAAAGCAAAAGUUAUUGUCCAAUGUUACAAAAGUGCUAGAACAAAAUAAAGAUACAAGCAAUGAAAAUUCUGCUGUCUUAGAAGGUCUAGAUUUUGUUGUUUGUGUGGCAAAUAUCGCUGCUUCAAUCUAUCCUUAUGAUCCUGAAAAUGUGCUGGUUCAAUAUUCAUUGUUGCAUUAUAACUCAGUUACAAGGGCUUUAGUACCAAUAUCUUCAAAUAAGUCUUCACCAUUAUUACAUACUGCAAGUGCAUCAGAGUCUCAAAUACUUGGUGAACUAAGGUUGGAAUAUUAUUCAAGUUUGUGUGUUUUGAACUCAAGAGAUUUCAUACCAAGAUUAUUAGAAAUAUUGAAUGACGAAAAUGCUUCGCUAGAGUCACUAAAAUUAACCACCUCAAUUUUGAAGAUGUUUUCAUCAACAUUACAUUCUAGAGAGUCAAGUCAAAAUUUGGUUAGACAGAUUUUCCCAUUAUUGAAAAAAGUGAUGAUAAGAAUGGGAUCAUUGGUGAAGAGCAGUUCAUAUGUACCAUCUUUAUAUGAGGAGGAAACAGAAACUUCCAGUCUAGGUAAAACCAACUCUGGCAAUUCAUUAGAAUUCUAUUCUCAAUAUAGUUUCAGACCUUCAACAUCUGACAAUAGAAGUCUGACUGAAACAAGACAAACUUCAUCAACUCCCUCAUCAAAUGCUUCCACUUCUACCCCCAAAUCUGAAAAAUUCAAAGACACAACGAAGAAUUUGUUUAGAACUCAUCACUUAAGCACAUCACAUCAACAUGGAUCACAUGGGUCAUCACAUGGAAGUUUUACAACCCAAAGCUCACAUCAAUCUGAUGAUACUCAAAAAUCUUCAGACUUUAGGGAUCCUUCAGCUCAAUUGGCAACAAGAAAUGCAUCUUUAUCGAGAGAAAUUUUGUCGAACUCUUUUGGAAUCUUCAAAAAAUAUCCACAUUUAUAUUUCUUGUCAUCACCAGAGUUACCAAAUGUUGAGAAGUAUAGAGAAUUACUUGAGACUUCUGAAGUAAGCUUAGAGCCUUUGGUGAUUUCAUUAAAAGAUACAGAUCCAAAGUUAAUACAAUCAUGUACUCAAUAUUUAUUAAGUUUCAUUGCUUCAAGCUCAAUCCCUGAUGAUUUUGAUCAUGUUAUGUGUUCUUUUGGUGGAUCCAUGUACAUCUUGAACGCAUUGGCCAAAGGCCUAAUUGCAAGUUCUGUGUCAGAUCCAAAAAGAAGAGAAGUUUUGGAAAUAUUUGUUAAGUUCUUGGAGUACAGAGUUUCUUUGAACACAUUAUUGGAACAUUAUGAAUAUUUUGAAGCCGUCAAAAAUCUUGAAAGUACGCUGUAUUCCUACGUUGCAACUGUUGUGGAACAAGCUUUGUUGAUUUGCUUAUGCACGCCUUCAUUUGACACUUAUGGCUUGAUAAAAAGAGGUUUUAGAGCUGUUGAUGCAGAAUUAGUCUAUAACGGUGUUAAAAAUAAUGUUCAUGAAAGAGAUUUCAAUAAGGAGUUUUAUAUUGCUGUUUCUAGUGAUACCUCAUUGACCACUGGUGUUGUUGCCUUACAGAAGAAUAUCAGAAAGUUUUUCAUGAAAAUUAAAACUCCAAGUGCUGCUGUGCUAAAUGUCUGGUUGAGAAUCUAUGAAAGGUGGAAUGAACUAGCUAAUUCUGAUUAUAGUGAAAUGUCACAAGCUGAAUUGGCUGAGUUUAGAAAUUUUGCUGGAUUUUUAGCUUCAGUUUCUGGUAUAUUUGUCAAUGCUAAAACACAUGAAGGUUUCUCUGAUGAACUCAAGCAUGAUGUUAAUGAAAAAAUUGAUGAAUUCAUCCAAAGAGAGCUUGAUCUUCUAGGGGAAGAUAAUUUAGUUACAAGAGAAAAUGCCAAGGAGAUAUUGGCUUCUGAAGUUCAUCCAUUAAGUUAUGGAAAAGUUGUCAAAUUGUUAGUUCCUAAAGUCAAAAGUUUCGAAGCCAACGUUGAAAAAUUAACACCUAGAGAUUUUAUUGUCAUUGAACAUAUUGUUGUUUUGUUGAAGGCAAUGCUUAACAAUGGUGAUAGUUUGACAAUUUUUCAAGUGUCAGUUCAUAUCUUGAACUGUGCAAGCAUAAUAGCAAGAAUUAUUGAUUCUGUUGCUAAUGUUGAUGUCACAGUUUUAAAACUCAGAAUAAGAGUUUCCAGGUUGUUUUAUGAAAUUGAAAACCAUAAUGAUGCAUUGGUAAUUAAAGGUGCUUAUAAACUGAGAAACACUUAUUUGAGACAUGCCUAUAAUUGGUUUGAUAAUGCUGUUGCUUAUGACUGUAAUUGUUCAGACCAAUCACAUCAUCAAGGUCAUCAACAUUCCCAUGGAGGUAGAGAUUUGGAUUAUAUUUAUAUUGAUAUUGCAAUUGAAAGUGUUAAAGCUUUAUCCCUUUUACUGGAUUCAUUAUUAUUGGAAGCUCCUCAAGUUAUCAACGAACGCGAGUUGAAAUUCUCCAAGGCAAGUCUUUUCAGCAUUUAUUUCAAUACAUUUCUCAAGGCUUUAGAGAGAUAUUCAGAGUUAGAAAGUUUCCCUAUUUCAGUUAGACACAAGGUUUCAACAGUUUCAGAACAUAUCAUUGCUUGCUUGACCAAUUUGUUGAAAUCAAAUGUGGAUGUUGGGUUGUCUUAUGCAUUGCCAAUCGGUUACCAUUCAAACUUGUCAAUUAGAGUUGCUUUCUUGAAAGUUUUCAUCAGUAUAGUGGAAAGUUAUUCUGUAUCUAAAAACGUUUGUCAAGAAGAAAGAACCAAGAAGUUGAUGAAUGACAUUUUCAGACUUGUCUUCACCAAGCCAAAAGUUUUAAAUUCCAUUGCAAGAGCCUGUCCUGCCAAUGAUGCUUCUGCUUUAGCCUCCUGCUCUUUGUCACUGGCAGAUUCCGUUAAUCAAAGUGCCAAUUUGGUAUCGUUUUUGGUUAAAGAGGAAAUUUUGAUCGGAAAUAAUUAUGCUGACAUCUUAAGAAGAAACAGUUUUGCAAGUAAAUCAUUAUCAGCGUUUGGCAGGGCAAAAGGGAAUGAAUAUUUGGUUUCCACAUUGAGACCGAUUUUGUUGGAAAUCAGGGACUCUGAAUUAGACCUAGAAGUUGAAAAAUUAGAUGAAAGUGAUGAAACUGCCUUGCAAAAUUUGAAUAAUUUCAUGCAUUAUUUGAAAAAAUUGGUGAUGGUAAUUAUCAAAUCUAUUAAUGAAUUUCCAAUAGAAUUCAGAGCUGUUUGCAAAACAAUUUCACAAUGUGUUCAGGAUAAAUUUCCAAAGUAUAGAAUCAUCGCAGUUGGUUCAUUCAUAUUUUUAAGGUUCUUCUGCCCAGCUAUUGUCAGUCCAGAAUCCGAAAGAAUUGUUGAUAUUCCAAAUCGCCAAACGCAAAGAAAAUUUUUGUUGUUAGCUAAAGUCUUACAGAACAUGGCUAAUGGAUCAUUGGGAUCACUAAGAUGGCCAUUAUUAAAAUCUAAAACUGAUGAAUUGAAUGCUUUGAAUGAAAAGGUCUUCAACUUCUUGGACCAAUGCACUAUCAUUGAUGAUGAUGUCACGUUCGAUUUUGGAACCAUGGAGAAUUUGAAUGAUCAAGAUUUUGGAUUUUUCCACAGAUUUAUGUAUGAUAAUUGGCAAAUUGUGAGAACUGAAACUUUGAGAGUGACUCAUGAUCCUAGUGAGAUUUUGAUUAAUUUAAGUUUGUCUAAAGAUGUGAGUGAACUUUUAUCAAUUUUGGGUCAGCCUACAAUUACAUUUGGUUACGAAAUUCCAGCUUCUAUCAACCCUGAGACCAAUAAUGAGUUGUUUGAAUUCAUGAGCAGAUAUUCAUUGAAAGACUUAGGAAAAAUCCAAGACUCGUCAUUCAUCUACCAGGGUAUUAGUUCAGAUGGUAGUCCAUUGUUGGUUUUUUCAUAUGUUGAUUUUCUAAAGCUCGAGGAGCACAAUCAAGAAAUUGCUCUUUACAGAAUCUUUCAGAUUGCUUCUAAAAUGUGGGAUCAAAAGUUUUCUAUCGUGGUUGACUGUACUGGUAAUGAUGGUACUCAAGUUUUCCCAUACCGUUUGUUGGUUUUGUUGGGUAAUUUAGCUCCAGAAGAAAUGCGUCUCAACUGUCAAGGUGUUUAUUACUACAACAUUUCAUCAGGUCUUUUUCCUAACUUUUUCAAGAAUGCUAAAGAAGGAAGUAACUACUUCAAUCAAGGUAGAUUUGAGUAUCAUUUCCCAUCUGCUAGAAAUGAUUACAAAACUAUAACUAAUUUGGGAUUGCCUGAGGAGACCGUCAGAUCCUAUCAUGAUGUCAGAGCCAAAUUUACAGAUGCGUCAUUAUACCAAGUCGAGCAAAAUAGGUUUGUUCCAGUUGUGGUUAAAAUUGGUAGUGAAUAUUUGCAAAUUUCACAGACUACACCUCAAAGAAUAAAAGUGAAAGGUGUCUUGAAGGAAAUAUAUUUGAACGACGUUUUCAAACUACAGCAAAUCACUGCCGUUGCUGUUUCAGAGAAAACUGGUGUGCCAAAUGAAAUCACCAUCAAUUUUCAAAGUGGAAGAGAAAUCAUUUUGUCUUCUCCAAAAUCGUUAGACAUAAUGAGAUUACUAUAUUUUACAAAGAACAGAGCUACUGAUUCUCCCACUGAAACUUUAUUCAAGCAGGAUGUUGAAAAAUCUUUGGAGGAUAUGCUUGGUCAAAUUUUCAACAUUGUAUUUUUGGGCUUGACAUCGGCUUCUGCAGAAAUUAGAUCUAUUUCAUACAAUUUGUUGGCUGUUACACAAGAAAAAUUUGACUUGAAAUUGGGACGCCAAUUGGCACCAUCACCAGAUGUUUAUUUCCCAAGAGACAAUAACUCAUUUGUUGUUUCAAUAUCUGAGAAGCUUGCUGAGUCCUAUCCAAAAGUUACAGCUGAUGUUAUCGGUGGAUUCUUUGAAGUUUAUCGGGAGCAAGUUACUCCACGUCAAAGAUUUAAUGCGAUUGUUUAUGUGGCUCCAUGGAUCCCAAACAUUUAUGAUUAUGUCUUCAAAUUUGAUGACGAAAAUGGUGCUGAUUAUGUUUCAGAAAUCAUUCGAAAUUUCUUGUCCGUUUCUGCUAUUGAUCCAGUGUUUUUAACUGCCUUUAAUGCUCAAAUAUGGUCCAAAUUAUGUCUUGAGGACAGAAUCAGCUCAAUUUUGGUGAAUGAAAUCGUUUUAACUGCAAUAGAUCGUGAAGCUGAAGGAUCUGACUGGAAGAGCAUCAUUGCUUUAUUGACAUCAACACCUACAGUUGAGCUAUGCGGUCAUGUCAUCAAAAGAUUAAGAGAUAUUUCGCAUAUCCCAUUCCCUGAUGGCGAUGGUAAUUAUUCUGUUACUUCCCAUAGUACUUGGAUUGAAAUCACAGUUUUGGUACAAGUUUGUGUUUCCCUAUUCUUUGAUUCAUUGAUGUUUGCUGAAAUGUUCUUACCUGAAAUUUUCUAUGUUGUUACUGUUUUGGUUGAUGUCGGUCCAUUAGAUUUAAGAAUUGCAAGUCAUCAAUUGUUGUUGAAUGUUUUACAAUCUUUCUUGACAAAGGCUUCUUUAUCAGAGAAGUCUAAGAACAAGAUCAGAGACUCUAUUGAACACUUCACAUCUCACAGAUCAAGAAUUUUGUUCGGUUUGAACAGAGAUAGUUCAGAUAACUUCCCAACUGAGAUUUCAAAAUUCUCCACAAGAGUUAGCACAAUGGAAUCUUUGAUUGCAUCUUUACUUGAAAUUAUAGAUGUUGCAAGUACUGAAAAUAGCAAAGUUUUGUGGAUUGCCAGAUGGAAUAGAUAUGUUAUUGAUGCUGUUUGCAGAAAAGACUCAGUUCUACGAGGUAGAGCGUUAUUAUUAUUGGGUGUUUUGUCAAAAGGUGGAGUUAAUGACACAAUGGUUUUCAAAGUACUUGAGAUUGCUACUGAAAUAGCCAAAGAAGAUAUUGCCGAUGAAAAAUGCCGCUUCAUGGCAAUUUGCUCCAUUUUUUCAUUGUCCAGGAUCGUUCUUGGAUUGUUGCCAAACUCACCUUUGUACACAAAAAUAUUUUGGUUAGCUAUUGUUGUUACAUACUCGGAUCAUAUUGCGUUAUAUCAAGGCGGUCUUCAAUUCAUCACCAUGACAUUAUUGUCAAUGCAUAUUAAAGAUAAGUUUGUGGGUUAUGAUGUGGUUUCAACAAUUUUGAAUGAGAAAGCACUGUUUGGUACGUUACUUGAAAGACUUGAAACGUUAAGUGAUUUGGUUAUCACAGAGGAAUCAUUUGACCAAGUUUUGCUUCAUCUUGCUAUCAAAGGUUUGCAAUUACCAUAUUCCAGAGCUUCCUCACUUGAAUCAUUGAGAACUUUCUUCAUUAUUAGAUACACAAACGAGAUUACUCGUACCAGUUCUGAUCCAAGCAAACUCUUUGAUCGCGGUGCGCUUUCUUAUUUGUUGUUUCUUUACAUUUUGUUCAAACCUGAUGAUUUACGGGAUGCAAUGUGCAGUGCAGAUAUUAGUGAAAUGGGGUUGCGUGAACUUGGCGAUCAAGCUUUCGCUCCAAAAAUGUUGAUUGAUUACAUAUUGUCAGAUAGCAUAAGCUCAAACCUUUCCCUUUUACAAGCAGCUAUCCACUUCAACCAAGGUGAUCCAAAUGAAAAGUCCAAAAUCAGAUUCUUGUUAUUAUUGAAGUAUGUUGGUCAAAAGAACCCAAGAGUGUUAUCAAAAAUUUAUUUCAAAAUCAGACCAACCUUGAGGCAAAUAAUAAGUGAAAAUUCAAGUUCUGUGGCAUUAAUCACUGCUGUUUUUGAUGUUGCUUCCAUUGCAAGUAUACAACCUGAUUACAACCAAGAUACUAAAUUCAAUGCUUAUGCAGAUCAAUUGUUGAUUGAAAAUGAGAUAACUGGCCUCAAUAAAUACAGAUUCCCAAAAUCAGACAACCGUGGCUCGGAAACUACAGAUCCAAAUGGGCUUAAAAGAUCUCGUGGGCAUUUCAUUCAACCAUUUGUUCAAAGAAUCUGUGCCACAAGAGUUGAAACCGAAUGAAUUUUACCACUUUGCUUCUGCUUUUUUCAUGAACACUUCCUUUUUUUUCAUAUUACUUUUUUCUCACAGUCUUUCCUUUCUUCUCGUUUCAA